AUGGACCUGUCAUGCCAUGUGUGCCUCUUGCUGGCAUUUGCCCUGGCCCCGCUGGAAGCCAGCACCUGGCAGUGCCCUCGCAUUCCCUACAGCUCCACCAGGAACUUUUCUGUCCCCUACACCCUGCCCAGCCUAGACACUGGCAGCCCUGUGCAGAACGUUGCCAUCUUCACCGACGCCACCGGCCCAGUCGCUGUCUUUGUGGCUGUCCGCAACCGCAUCCUGCUGGCAACUCCUGAGCUGCGCCUGCUCUCCGUCCUUGUCACCGGCCCAGUAGACAGUGCCCAGUGUGAGAUCUGCCGCUUGUGCCCAGCCCCUGCAGAUGGUCCCAAGGACAUGGACAACAUCCUGCUACUGCUGGACCCGCUGGAGCCAUGGUUAUACAGCUGUGGCACAGCACAGCAUGGGCUCUGCUACCAGCACCAGCUGGAGGUGCAGGGUGGCAUAGUGGCCAUCACAGCCACUCACUGCCUGUACUCAGCCAGAGGCAACAGCCCUGCAUACUGCCCCGACUGUGUGGCCAGCCCCUUGGGGACCAGUGCCACUGUGGUGGCCACUUCCUAUGCCUCUUUAUUCUACCUUGGUUCCACCAUCAACAGCAGUGUGGCAGCAUGGUACAGCCCACAGUCAGUGUCCAUUCGCAGGCUGAAGGGCACCUUGGAUGGCUUUUCAGAUGACUUCCAGUGGCUAACGGUACUGCCCCAAUACCAGGACAACUACACCAUCCACUAUGUGCACUCCUUUGCUGACGGGGACCACAUCUACUUCCUGAUGGUGCAGCCGGAGCGUCCGGGCUCCGCAACAUACCACACACGCCUGGCACAGCUCAGCACCCACGAGCGCGACCUCCGCCACUACCGAGAGCUUGUCCUUGACUGCCGCUUUGAGUCCAAGCGGCGGCGGCGGCGCAGCAGCAAGGAGGAUGAUGAAGGGGAUGUCACCUACAACGUGCUGCAGGCAGCCCAUGCUGCCCGCCCUGGUGCCCGCCUGGCUCGCGACCUCGGCAUCGAUGAUACUGACAUGGUGCUCUUCGGUGCCUUCGCUGAGAGCCAUCCAGAGAGCCAGGUGCCACGAGAGGACUCGGCUGUCUGUGCCUUCCCCCUCCGCCUCAUCAACCAGGCCAUAGAGGAGGGCAUGGAGAAGUGCUGUGGCACUGGGCACCAGCCUCUGCUGCGGGGGCUCAGCUUCUUCCAGCCAGUGGAAUACUGCCCACAUAAUGUGAACCUCUCAGCCCCAGUGGCCAACACCAGCUGCUGGGACCAGCCCACCCUUAUCCCUGCUGCCUUCCAUAAGGUGGACCUGUUCAACAGGCAACUGGCCGGUGUCCUCCUCACCUCCAUCUUCGUCACGGCCCUGGGGGAUGUCACUGUGGCCCACUUGGGCACCAUGGAGGGACGCGUCUUGCAGAUGGUGCUCCAGCGCUCCAGCUCCUACCUUCUCACCUUGGCCAACUUCUCCCUGGGGGAGCCAGGGCCAGUGCGUGGUGCCAUGGGGCUGCAGAGCCACUCAGUGUUCUUUGCUGCCAGCACCAAGGUGUGGCGUCUGAAUGUCACUGGCCCUGGCUGCCGCCACUUCUCCACGUGCCAGCGCUGCCUACGAGCUGAGCGCUUCAUGGGCUGCGGCUGGUGCAGGGAUGGGUGCAGACGCCAGCAUGAGUGUGCAGGCCCCUGGGUCCAGGACAGCUGCCCACCUGUCCUCACUGACUUCCACCCUCGGACUGCCCCGCUACGGGGCCGGACGCGGGUGACACUCUGCGGAAUGACCUUCCGCUCACACCUGGACCCUGACCCCAGCCGCAGACCAGCCAGGGCGUACCAGGUGUUGGUGGGACAACGAGCCUGCACCGUGCUGCCAGAGGAGAGCAAGAGCCACAGAGCCCUGCCCACCUCUCGCCACAAGGACUUUGUGGAUGAGCUGGUGUGCGAGCUGGAGCCAGGGGGCCCGAUGGCAGCAGUGGGCUCAGCCAUUGUGGUGCUUACUGUGGAGGAACCCGACGGACCCUCUGGCUUCCACGUCCGAGGCUCAGCCACCCUCCACGGCUUCUUCUUCGUGGACCCCCGUGUCAGCGCCCUGCACCCUCCAUUUGGCCCCCGGGGUGGUGGCACCCACCUCUCGCUCCAUGGCACCCACCUCUCAGCAGGGAGCAGCUGGCGGGUGAUGGUCAACACUUCUGAGUGCCCCCUGGCUGCGCAGCCCAGGCAGGGUGACAGGGAGAUUCGGUGCACAACACCUGCUGCUGGUGGCCUGGGGAAAACCAGAGUGGCCCUGUGGAUUGAUGGGGAGGAAUUUCUGGCCCCCACGCCCUUCCAGUACCGCCCUGACCCCUUCGUUUCAGCCGUUGUCCCUAGCUGCAGCUAUGAGGGCUCAAUUGUCACCAUCACCGGCACCCACCUGGACUCAGUGUAUCGUGCCAAGAUUCGUUUUGAAGCCAACAGUGUGAAGACUGAAGCCACAGAGUGCGAGGGCCCGCGAGCAGCAGGGCAGCUGCUGUGCCACAGCCCACCCUUCCCCUUUGAGAGCAAUGUGGAGACAGCGCCUGGGAACCUGAGCGUGCUGCUGGAUGGUGCCACUGACCGCUGGCUCUUCCGCCUCCGCUACUACCCCCAGCCCAAGGUCUUCCCCUUGGAGCAGGAGGGUGGGCACCUCCACCUCAAACCUGGUGAUGAUGAGAUCGAGGUGCAUCAACUGGGGCUGGAUGCUGUGGCCACGUGCAUGAACAUCACCAUGACGGUGGGGGGCCAGGACUGCCACCCCAAUGUGCUGAAGAAUGAAGUGACGUGUCGUCUGCCCCGCAAGCUGCGCCUGCCCUCGUCUGGGGCUCCCGUGGAGAUCUGUGUGAAUGGCGCCUGCAAGGCGCUGGGCUGGGUGCUGCCAGCUGCCACCUCGUUGGACCUGGCCACCAGCCUGGCCCUGGGCAUCGGGGUCACCUUCCUGGUCUGCUGCAUCCUGGCUGUCGCACUGCUCCGCUGGCACUGGAGGAAGAAGAAGGGGACGGAGAACCUGGAACUGCUGGUGCAGGCUGGCCGAGGCAACCCCCCUGUCACCACCCAACGUGCUGGUGUCGAUUAUAGGGAGGUACCAGUGCUGCCCGUGGUGUUCAGCCCCAGCCCAGUGGGGCCUCGGGCACGAUUCAUUGGUGCUGGUGCCAGUUCUGGUGCCAGUGCUGGUGCCAGUGUGGCGGGUGGUGGCUCCCCCGUACCCUUGCUUAGGACCACGUCCUGCUGCCUGGAGGAUCUGCGGUCAGAGCUGCUGGAGGAGGUGAAGGAUAUCCUCAUCCCUGAGGAGCAGCUCAUCACCCACCGCCACCAGGUCAUCGGCAAAGGGCACUUUGGCAGCGUCUACCAUGGCACCUACAUGGACCCACUGCUGGGGGACAUCCACUGUGCCGUCAAGUCCCUGCACCGCAUCACGGAUGUGGAGGAGGUGGAGGAGUUCCUGCGUGAGGGCAUCCUCAUGAAGAGCUUCCACCACCCCCAGGUGCUCUCACUGCUGGGGGUGUGUCUGCCCCGCCGUGGGCUGCCCCUUGUCGUCCUGCCCUACAUGCGCCACGGGGACCUGCGCCACUUCAUCCGUGCCAAGGAACGGAGUCCCACGGUGAAGGACCUUAUUGGCUUUGGGCUGCAGGUGGCCCUGGGAAUGGAGUACCUGGCCCAGAAGAAGUUUGUGCAUCGGGACCUGGCAGCCAGGAACUGCAUGCUGGACGAGACACUGACGGUGAAGGUGGCUGACUUUGGGCUGGCACGGGAUGUCUUUGGCAAGGAGUACUACAGCAUCCAGCAGCACCGCCACGCCAAGCUGCCAGUCAAGUGGAUGGCACUGGAGAGCCUCCAGACUCAAAAAUUCACCACCAAGUCAGAUGUGUGGUCCUUCGGGGUGCUGAUGUGGGAGCUGCUGACACGGGGGGCAUCGCCAUACCCCGGGGUGGACCCCUACGACAUGGCACGCUACCUGCUGCGGGGGAGACGCCUGCCACAGCCUGCCCACUGCCCCAACACACUGUACGGGGUGAUGUUGAGCUGCUGGGCACCGGUGCCUGAGGAGAGGCCUUCCUUCACGGGGCUGGUGGGCGAGCUGGAGCGUGUCCUGGCCACGCUGGAGGGCAAGCACUACGUCAAUCUGGCUGUCACCUAUGUCAACCUGGAGCGUGGCCCCCCCUUCCCUCCUGCCGCCCUGGGGCAGCUGUCUGAUGAUGAGGAUGAGGACAACGAGGAGGAGCAGGAGAAGGAAGAGGAAGAGGAAGAGGAAGAAGAAGAAGAAGAAGAAGAGCCGUAUGCUGAUGGGGUGUCCAGCACAGUGGAGGCUCCUGGACCCCCAUAA